AGCAAACCCGUCCUCCCUCACUCCCCCCCUAAACGCCCGGCAUAUAAAUACUUGCCGCCCGCCUCGGCCGUCUUCUCGCCCACAUCGAUCCCGAUCUUCUUGACGUCGAUUCACCCCUUCCAUCAUGAGCAACGAGACCUUCCUCUUCACCUCCGAGUCCGUCGGCGAGGGCCACCCCGACAAGAUCUGUGACCAGGUCUCCGACGCCAUCGUCGAUGCCUGCCUUGCCCAGGACAAGUUCUCGCGUGUCGCCGUCGAGACUGCCGCCAAGACCGGUAUGAUCAUGGUCCUCGGUGAGAUCUCCACCAAGGCCACUCUGGACUACCAGAAGAUCAUCCGUGACACCAUCAAGAAGAUCGGCUACGACGACUCGGCCAAGGGCUUCGAUUACAAGACCUGCAACGUCCUCGUCGCCAUCGAGCAGCAGUCCCCCGAUAUUGCUGGCGGUCUCGUCCAGCAGGGUGACAACCUCGAGAACGAUGAGCAGCACCUUGCCAACAUUGGCGCUGGUGACCAGGGUAUCAUGUUCGGCUACGCCUCCGAUGAGACCCCUGAGCUCAUGCCCCUGACCAUCACCCUGGCCCACAAGCUCAACCAGAAGCUCUCUGAGCUCCGCAACGACGGCACCCUCCCCUGGCUCCGCCCCGAUACCAAGACCCAGGUUACCGUCGAGUACAAGAACAUCGAUGGCGUCCCCGUCCCCCAGCGCGUCCACACCAUCGUCAUCUCGACCCAGCACGCCGAGGACAUCACCGUCGAGGAGCUGCGCGCCCAGCUCCAGGAGAAGGUCAUCAAGCCCGUCAUCCCCGCCCAGUACCUCGAUGACCAGACCAUCUACCAUCUCCAGCCCUCUGGCCGCUUCGUCAUUGGUGGCCCCCAGGGUGAUGCCGGUGUCACUGGUCGCAAGAUCAUUGUCGAUACCUACGGCGGCUGGGGUGCCCACGGUGGUGGUGCUUUCUCUGGCAAGGACUGGUCCAAGGUCGAUCGCUCGGCUGCCUACACCGCCCGCUGGGUUGCCAAGUCCAUCGUCGCUGCCGGCCUCGCCCGCCGUGCCCUCGUCCAGCUCUCGUACGCCAUCGGUGUCGCCGAGCCCACCUCCAUCUACAUUGACACCUACGGCACCGGCAAGAAGAGCAACGCCGAGCUCCUCCAGAUCGUCAAGAACAACUUUGACCUCCGCCCCGGUGUCAUUGUCCGUGACCUCGACCUCUGGAAGCCCAUCUACAGCGCCACCGCUGCCUACUGGCCACUUUGGUCGUGAGGGCUUCAGCUGGGAAGUUCCCCGCCCCCUCAAGUUCUAAGCGGCCUCUCUCUCGAGCCUCGUUUUGCCCACGGACGUGCGGCCGCCCCUGGCGCCCCGUUCUCUGCUUGUACCCUAAUUCCCCCUCCAUCUCCAAUCUUUGUUCGCCGUCGCCUGUAAAUUUUGCGUCCAGAGUUGACUGAAGCCGGCGCCCUCACAAUUGUUGCAGUCUUGUCCACAACCGAAACGGGACGCCGUUUUCGUUCUGGCACCUCAAUACAUACACAAUGAAUUAUUUUCCAGUCCCUGAGGCUGCUCAUCUUGAGUAUGAAUACACGCU